AUGUGGUUUUCCUCAGCCCGCCGCAUCUGGGACCACAUCACCGGCAACGACGAAGAGAACGAGGAGUACCUACUGCAAGCCUGGCGCAACCGCCCCCCUUCCAUAGCCCACACGAUCUCCGACCUCGACAGCGAGUCAGGCCUCGACCCAGAGGAUGCUCCCAACCGUAUGGACUCGCAAGGGAACUGGUAUUACCAGCCCAGCGAGUGCGUUGUGAAGCUUCGCAUUGGCCACUCCGACUGUACUCACGCAAGGGAUGAGAAUGGCCGCUUCUAUCACAAAGGACUGGCCGAUGAAACCAUCAUCAACUCUUCGCCGCACGAGCAAAUGUACAAUGCCACCCUUACUGCCCUUGUCCUCAACCGCAACGCGGACAAGGCCCUUGAGGCUGCGGACGAGCUGAACAAGAACCUUUUGGAAGCCAUUGUGAAGGCAAAGACCAUCAAUAAUGGAAGUUGGAAGGAGCUUGAGGAGGACGAAGAGGAUGAGCAGGAUGAAACACUGGGUGCCUCCAUCCAGAGCAGGCCCAAGCUUAAGCUGGACCAUAUUGAGAUUGCAUCCAAGAAUGCUGUUUGUCAAGACCGGUGUGGCUUGUUCACCAUUGAGGGGGUCCGUCGAUCCAGCAUCACACCCCCGGCUCACAUUGCUGCCUUGAGAGACGAGAUUGCUCAGAUGGAGAUGGAUAUCUUGAACCUCUUGGACGGCAUCCACAUCGUCAUCAUGAUUCACCCCCCGCAAGGCGCGAUCUUCACCGAUGAAGAAGGCAUCCAAGACGCCGCAGAAACACUUCGUCGCUUGUACGCCAUGCACGCAGCCGAGAGGUUGCGUCUCAAAGCGCUCCAGGACCAAGUAGCAACGGACUUCAACAAAAAUAUGAAGAUUCUCGAGGAACGAGAGGCAGACCUUCAAGCUCAGGCCGACUGUUUUGAUCAGAGCGUGCGCGACUGGGAAGACGCGAUGUUAGUGGAGAAGGCAUUCGUCAGAGAUAUGGAGAUGCUCAAGAAGCGCGAGGCGGAUCUUCAAGCUCGGACUAAGGCUUUUGGGAAGCGCGUCCGUAAGUGGGAAGAUGCGAUGUUCUACAUUACAGAGUAUAACGACGCCUUCUUCGCUGCCGUUUUUGGGGGUGCUGUUGUGCUUGGUUACGUUCUUGGCCGGCGAAAGAUCUUUUAG